UUGGAGUACGAAGCUGUAGGGGACAUGGAUGAAGUUGAGAAACUCGAACAUUUGUCAUUGGUGUCCAAAAUUUGUACUGAACUUGAAAAUCAUUUAGGAUUAAAUGACAAAGAUUUAGCUGAAUUUAUAAUUGACCUUGCAGAGAAGAAUGACACCUUAGAUACCUUCAAAAAGGUUCUUACAGAAAAUGGAGCUGAAUUUUCAGAUUCAUUUAUUGCAAACUUGCUACGUAUCAUUCAACACAUGAAACCUAAGCAUCAAAGAGAAUCAUCUCCUCAGCCACACAAUGAGAAAGACAGGCUUGCAGAAAAGUUUCCUGGUCUGGCAAUACCAAAUGAUCCAAAGUUUCAGUCACAUGAUGCUCAGAAAAAAAAGAAAGAGAAGAAGAAAUCAUCUGCAGAAGAUGAUAUUGUAAAUGUUGCAAUGGCAGAACUAGAAGCUUUGGCACCAUCACAGAUCAGUUCUUCUAAAGUAAAGCAGGAGCCAUGUUCUUCCAGUUCAAGUGAAUGUGAAAACUCUGUUCCUCAUGAUUCAGAGAACACGAUGAGAAAAAGUCCUGUUAGAGAAAAGAGACGUCAAAGAAGCCACAGUCAUGACAGGGAAGGCAAUUCUGGGGUGAAAAGAGAGAAAAGAAGCCGCAGCCGAGAGAAACGGAGGAAAAGCAGGAGUAGGAGCCGAGAUAAAGCAAGAGACAGGAGGAGGAGUAGGAGUAGAGAUCAUGAUAGAGAUGGCGAGAGAAGAAGCAGAAGUCGGGAAAGAAAUAGAGACAGAAGUAGGAGGAAUAGGAGCAGAAACAGAGAGAGGGACAGAAGUCAGGAGAGAAGGAACAUAAGCAACAGUAAGAAUAGGAGAGGAAGGCCAAGAGAUCGUAGCUCAAGUCCCAGUGAUGAUAGAAGAAAGCACCGUUCAAGAAGUCGUGAAAGGGGUAAGAAGACUGGUGAUGGAGCCGGAGAGCAGCUGGUGGCCACUGAACCAGAGAUUGGGAAGAUAUACGCAGGGAAGGUUGCAAAUAUUGUGCCCUUUGGCUGUUUUGUGCAGCUAGAAGGUCUUAGACGGCGCUGGGAGGGUUUAGUUCACAUUUCGCAAUUGCGACGAGAGGGACGUGUUACGAAUGUUUCAGAUGUUGUUGCUCGUGGACACAAAGUCAAGGUGAAAGUUUUAUCAUUCACGGGUCAAAAGGUGUCUCUUUCAAUGAAAGACGUAAACCAAGACACAGGCGAAGACUUAAAUCCUACAAGCAACAACUUAUUACUAGGAAAAGACAGGGAUGAAGAACAGGCUCAUCGCAAUCCAGAUCGACCAACGUCCCUGCUAGAUCUACGGGGUUCAUUGGCCGAGGAAGACGAGACCCACAGUCGCAAGCGUGUCCACCGUAUCUCUUCUCCAGAAAAGUGGGAAAUAAAACAGAUGCUUUCGGCAGCUUGUAUCGACAAGUCAGAAUUGCCAGACUUCGAUGAUGAAACUGGUUUGCUGCCAAAGGAAGAGGAUGAGGAAGAAGAUAUAGAGAUUGAAAUGGUGGAGGAUGAACCUCCAUUUCUGCAAGGUCAUGGUCGUAUGUUACAUGAUCUUAGUCCAGUAAGAAUUGUCAAAAACCCUGAUGGCUCUUUGGCACAGGCAGCAAUGAUGCAGAAUGCUUUGGCAAAGGAACGCAGAGAACUGAAGAUGCUUCAGCGCGAACAAGAAAUGGAUUCUAUUCCUACUGGACUCAAUAAGAACUGGAUUGAUCCGUUACCUGAAGCUGAUGGCAGAACUUUGGCUGCUAAUAUGCGUGGCAUUGGACUGACCAACCAGGAUCUUCCAGAAUGGAAAAAGCACGUUAUUGGUGGAAAGAAAAGCUCGUUUGGUCGGAAAACAGACAUGACACUUCUAGAACAGCGUCAAAGCUUACCUAUAUACAAACUGAAAGAUGAGCUUACCAAGGCUGUGACAGAUAAUCAGAUCCUUAUUGUAAUUGGUGAAACAGGAUCAGGAAAAACAACCCAAAUCACGCAAUAUCUGGCAGAAGCAGGUUUCACAAGUCGUGGUAAGAUUGGAUGCACGCAGCCGAGAAGGGUUGCUGCAAUGUCAGUAGCGAAACGUGUGGCUGAAGAAUUUGGUUGUAGACUUGGACAGGAAGUCGGUUAUACGAUCCGUUUCGAAGAUUGUACAAGUCCAGAAACUGUCAUCAAGUACAUGACAGAUGGUAUGUUACUGCGUGAAUGCCUAGUAGACCUUGACUUGAAGUAUUAUUCAGUUAUAAUGUUGGAUGAAGCUCAUGAACGGACCAUACAUACAGACGUUCUAUUUGGUCUCUUAAAACAAGCAGUGAGAAAGCGACCUGAACUUAAGCUCAUUGUGACGUCAGCAACGUUAGAUGCAGUAAAAUUCUCGCAAUAUUUCUUUGAGGCUCCGAUUUUUACAAUCCCAGGACGUACAUUCCCAGUUGAAGUUCUCUACACCAAGGAACCUGAGACAGAUUAUCUUGAUGCAUCACUUAUUACAGUCAUGCAGAUUCAUCUGCGAGAACCUCCAGGUGACAUUCUGUUGUUUCUGACGGGUCAAGAGGAAAUUGACACGGCAUGUGAAAUUCUGUAUGAGCGGAUGAAAUCAUUAGGACCAGAUGUUCCUGAACUCAUUAUUCUGCCCGUGUAUUCAGCUCUUCCCAGUGAAAUGCAGACUCGAAUUUUUGAGCCAGCUCCGCCAGGUUCACGGAAAGUUGUGAUUGCAACAAAUAUUGCAGAAACGUCUCUCACUAUUGAUGGCAUAUACUAUGUGGUGGAUCCAGGUUUCGUAAAGCAGAAAGUUUACAAUUCAAAAACUGGCAUGGAUUCUCUUGUUGUUACGCCUAUUUCACAGGCACAAGCAAAGCAGCGUGCAGGCCGUGCAGGACGAACGGGACCAGGCAAGUGCUACCGUCUUUACACGGAACGUGCUUACAGAGACGAGAUGCUGCCCACACCAGUACCUGAAAUUCAGCGUACCAAUCUGGCCACCACUGUUCUUCAGCUUAAGACAAUGGGCAUUAAUGAUCUGCUCCAUUUUGAUUUUAUGGAUGCUCCACCUGUGGAGAGUCUUAUCAUGGCACUGGAACAACUGCAUUCUCUGAGUGCCCUCGACAAUGAAGGUCUUUUGACAAGGCUUGGACGGAGGAUGGCUGAGUUUCCGUUGGAGCCCAACUUAUCCAAGAUGCUCAUCAUGUCCGUACAUCUCAAUUGUUCAGAUGAAGUCCUGACGAUUGUUUCCAUGCUGUCUGUACAAAAUGUUUUUUACAGGCCAAAGGACAAACAAGCUCUAGCUGAUCAGAAGAAGGCAAAGUUCAAUCAACCAGAAGGGGAUCAUCUCACUUUACUUUCUGUGUACAAUUCAUGGAAGAACAACAAGUUUUCAAACGCGUGGUGCUACGAGAAUUUUGUCCAGAUACGGACGCUGAAACGUGCCCAGGAUGUAAGAAAACAAUUACUUGGAAUUAUGGACAGGCACAAGCUUGAUGUUGUGUCAGCUGGUAAGAAUACUGUGAGGGUCCAGAAGACUGUGUGUUCAGGCUUCUUCCGGAACGCAGCUAAGAAAGAUCCUCAGGAAGGUUACAGGACUCUCGUAGACAGUCAAGUGGUCUAUAUUCAUCCUUCCAGUGCCCUGUUCAACCGUCAGCCUGAGUGGGUAAUUUACCACGAACUGGUUCAGACUACAAAGGAAUACAUGCGAGAAGUGACCACCAUUGAUCCAAAGUGGCUAGUGGAAUUUGCCCCAGCCUUCUUUAAAUUCUCAGAUCCAACAAAGCUUAGUAAAUUUAAGAAGAAUCAACGUCUCGAACCACUGUACAACAAGUACGAGGAGCCAAACGCGUGGAGAAUAUCACGAGUUCGCAGGCGAAGGAAUUAGUGUCUCAAAGAAUAUAAUUUUUUUUUGGGCUUUAUGCUGUUUAAAGUGUUGACUGACGAGUACAAACUAAUUUGUACCCAGUAUCAAAAUCACAGUGACAAAUUGUGAUCCAGAAAACUGAUUAUAAUAAACAUAAGUUAUUAUAGACAUUUUCUUGUUUGAAUGUUCAUUUAUAUCAGUGAAAUGAAGCAAAUUCCUAGGAGACCAUUAAAAAGUUAUCACAUUAAUCAAAUACAAGGGUAACUUGAUAAACAUUUUUCUUCCACCCCUGCCACUGUAUGCCCUUGCUUUUUGCAUCUCUCAGUAUUUUAGAUGUCUUUAUUAGGUACCUGUUUACUUUGAAUAAAAUAUCAUCUGCAGUGUUUCCUUGCCAUGUAUUCCUCUGUACACGAGACACGCAUAUAUUUAUUUAUUCUGGAUGUUCAUCCACAUUACAAAUGUGCUUGCUAUAUCAAAGAAACACAUUUGUUCUCAUUUCCUGUUAAGUUACAGGGGAAUCGUGACAGGUCAGUAAAGUGAUGGGCUAUGAUCUGGUUAGCUGGCAUGGCCACUGGAAUUUUUCUCUCCACCCCCAUAACCAAAAUGUCCUUGGCUCCACCCAGUUUUCUGUCUUCAGUAUCAACAACCCAUUCACUUUCAUUUUAACAAGGUGCUUAAGCACUCUUAUUUUUCGUGAUAAGUUUUAUUCUUUUCCUCAAAAUAUAAAUUGUAAGUGCUCCAUCACAUUGCACUGAAAUUUGCAAAAGAUGUGACACUCCGAGGUUCAGAAAUAUGUGAUGGGUCUUUCUAUAAAACAUGUAAAGCCUUUUAUAUUCCACUGUUUUUUUUAAAAUAAAGUUGGAAUAAAUCUUAUAUUUUUAAGACAGUAAUGUAAAUACAACUUGUUAAAUAAUUUUGUAAUAUAUUUUGUGUCACUUGUAUCUUAGUAGCAGUUAUUGUAAAAAAAAAAUAUUUAUCUUCUUUCCAUUAACAGUUAGUCUUUUACUGCAUAAAACGAUUUCUAAUCUGUAUGUGAUGGCAAAAAUUAAACUAUUUUUAGUCCAUUUGUAAA